ACAAAAAAAAAUGAAGAUCUAAAUGUUGUUAAUACUAGUGGCAUUUAGUGUAUUAGGGUAUGCACUACUUGUUCCUCACGUUUAAUGUUCAUGCUAAUAAAUGAUAAAUGAGAAUGAUUGCAAUAAUAGGCCUAAUUGCGAAUGGAAUCCAAUAAGCGCAACGAAUGGAUAUUGUUAGCCAAAACCAUGCUCAUCCUAGAAUUAGCCAACAUGCCAAAAAAGUGAAAACUGUUACUACUAACCAGGAUAAUCAGGAUAAUAAUUCUGCUUCGAAAUGAACAACUGUAAUGAUAUUCAGCUAUCUACUGGUCAAACAUGCUAACAAGCUAAUGCAAAUUGUGUGUAAUCAAAUUUAACAAAAUCAUAAUGUAUAUCAGCAGGAUUUUCUUGCAGUACAUUAAGCUCAGAAUAAUGUUAAUCAGGAUAAACUUUAACAUUAGCAGAAGAAGGUCUAUGUUAUUGGAAUGGAUAAUCAUGUUAAGUAGUAACAAGUUGUGGAGUAUUAUAAUCUUUGGCUUAAUGUUAAAUGUUAAAUAAUGCUUGCUAUUGGACAGGUUAAGCAUGUGUUGUUUAAUAAUGUUCUAAUUAUAACAGUUCAAAUACUUGUACUUAUGCAUAUUAAAAUCCAAAGGGUGGUUCUGCAAUAUAACCAUGUUAAUGGAUUCCUAAUAAUAGUACUAUUACUAAUGGUACUUGUACAACUGCAACAGUAGAUUAAUUAUCAAUAUCAAAUUGCGCAACAAAUACUAAUAAUGUUUAUAGAUGGUCAUCUAAUUCCACUACUCCAGGAUUAGGAUAAUGUGCAGAAUGUAAUUCAAAAAAAUAGAUAUAUCGUAAUUAAUGUGAAUGCAAACAGUUAUAUUAACCACAAGAAUGUAUAAGUUCUCCAAAUUGUUAAUGGGUACCUGCUACAGCUACUUCGGCUGCUUAUUGUUAAUAAAACCAAUGUUUAAAUAUUACCAGCUAAUAGACUUGUGCAUAAAUAUAAGGUUGUUAUUGGAAUACAUCAGCUAAUCCUAAUGCCUGUACACCUUAUACUAGUUGUAAUGCAAUUGUAGGUUCAACUUCUUUUGCCUGCUUUUAUUAAUCAAAUUUUUGUCCUGGAUCAAAUGGAAAAACCUGCUUAAAUCAAUAAUCUUUAUAGACAUGUUCCGAAAUUAAAGAAGCUAAUAUUUGUUAUAAUUCAAUUGGUAGUGAUGGAUUUUGUACAUAUAGUACUUCAUCAAAAGCAUGUUAAGCUUUGACUUCAUGUACUGGCUUAACUCCAAGAUCAUAGUGUAAUUAAUUCAUAAAUACUUGUAUCUGGAAUACCAAAUCAAAUACAUGUUAAUAACGAUAAUGUUCUGACUUUCAAACUAAAGAAAGUUGUACUUUUGUUUAAAAUAAUUUAAGUGUUAAUGUUAUAAACAUUUGUACUUGGAAUCCUGAUACAAAAUAAUGUUAUGCUUAUGAUAAUUCAUUCGACUAUGAUAUUAAUACAUGCUUUAAUUCAACAGGAAGAACUCAUCAUUGGAGUGAACCAUCAACUGCUUCAAAAGGAUUAUGUUUACCUUGUCAUUAUUCCAGCGUAUUGAAUGUCAAAUCUAGUUGCUAAUGCUCUGAUUUAAUCAAUUAUACAGAUUGUGCAUUAUCUUCUCCAAAAUGUUUCUGGAAUUCUACUGCUACUACAAAAUGUCAAUAAUAAACUUGUGCUUAAUUAACAAGCUAAGGUUCAUGUGUUAUGAGUAAAUAUUGUUAUUGGAGUAUGACAAAUAAUUAAGCAAGUUGUCAAAGUAUUAGUUCAGCUAGUACAACUUGUGCUACUUUAAAAGCAAAUACAUAAUAAGAAUGCUUAAGUUAAUCUAUUCUAUGUGGAGGUAUCAAUAAUGGUACUUGUUCAUCAACCCCUAAUUCCUGUAGUGAUUUUUCAACAUUUUAUUAAUGUUUUGGUUCUGUUGGUACUGAUGGAAUAUGUCAAUGGAAUUAAAAUGAAUCAACAUGUACAGGUAUCAGUUAUUGUAACAUGAUUACAACUGAAGCUUAAUGUUCAUUAGUACUUAAUACCUGUUUUUGGUAAGCUUCAAAUUCUUCUUGCACUGCAUAUAAUUGUUCUAGCUUAUAUGCUUAGACUAAUAAUUGUAAUUACUAUUUAAAUACCCCAAAUCAAAAUUAUGAAGUUAAGAUAUGUUAAUUAGAAGGAACAGAAUGCAAUCCUGCAUCCAACCUUUCAAGUUUAACUUCAUCUAAUUGCUAUGCUUCAUCAGGAGGUACAGCUUUUUGGAAUCCUGAAAAAGAUAAUGGAACUUGCUCAUAUUGCUACAGUCAAUUAAUCGGCAUCCUUUUCAUAGUCUUUAUUUACAUGUUCUGACAAAUUCCAUUUAUAAAGUACAUCAUAUAAAC